AUGAACGACCCUGAUAUUAUGCACCCUGUUGAGGAACUGUUCCUUGACAUCUCUAUUCAUGAAGUACUCACUCAGACAAUGGUGACCUUUGUCGAGCCAUGGAAGACCAUGUAUAUCGAUUCAAUUCGCGAGCAGCGAUAUGGCGACGCCAUCUGGGCUCGUUACUGCAUAGAAGGAGGGGUAGAGAACGGUGUCAUCAUUGGUCAAGGCCCUAAUCCCGACAUUACGGUGCUUGAUCAGAUCAAGGAAGAUGCAGUUGAGGCGAAGGCAAAUGAGCCAGGACUGUAUGCAGAGGCUCUAGAGCUCUACCGAAAGGCUAGUAGUACAGACGGGCACCCAGAAGUCAUCAAGAUCAUCUUUGACACUGAUAGGAUGGAGCUCCAAGACUGA